UCUCUGAAGUGCUGUCCGAGCUGGACGGGACAGGUGAGGAAGAGGAGGAGGAGGAGGAGGGAGGCGCGCGGAGGGGCGGUGUGCGCGUGCUCGUGGGAUGCGUCCUCUUCCUGCUCAUCGUGUCCACGCUGCUCGGGAACACGCUCGUGUGCGCGGCCGUGGUGAAGUUCCGCCACCUGCGCUCCAAAGUCACCAACUUCUUCGUCAUCUCAUUGGCUGUGUCCGACCUGUGCGUGGCCGUGCUCGUGAUGCCGUGGGAGGCCAUCACCGAGGUCACGGGCACGUGGCUGUUCGGAAGCUUCUGUGGCGUGUGGAUCGCCUUCGACAUCAUGUGCUCCACCGCCUCCAUCCUCAACCUGUGCAUCAUCAGCGUGGACCGCUACUGGGCCAUCGCCAGCCCCUUCCGGUACGAGCGGAAGAUGACGCACCGCGUGGCCUUCGUCAUGAUCGGGGUGGCGUGGACGCUCUCCAUCCUCAUCUCCUUCAUCCCGGUGCAGCUCAACUGGCACCGGGCGGGCGAGGAGGGCCAGAUGAUGGAGGAGCUGGUGGAGGUGAUGGCCGCCUCAACGAACAGCAGCAACGUCAGCACCAAGGCCAAGAGCUGCGUGGCCAACCUGAACAGAACCUACGCCAUCUCCUCGUCCUUCAUCAGCUUCUACAUCCCCGUGGUGAUCAUGAUCGCCACCUACACCCGCAUCUACCGGAUCGCCCAGACCCAGAUCCGCCGCAUCAUGUCUCUGGAGCGGGCGGCGGAGCAGGCCCAGAACCAGGGCCAGAACCAGGGCCAGAACCAGGGCCAGAACCAGGGCCAGAACCAGGGCCAGAACCAGGGCCAGAACCAGGGCCUCAGCGUGAACCGGCAGCACCGGCCCCACGACGAGGCCUCGCUGAAGUCCUCGUUCAAGAAGGAGACCAAAGUCCUGAAGACGCUCUCCAUCAUCAUGGGCGUGUUCGUGUUCUGCUGGCUGCCGUUCUUCGUCCUGAACUGCGCCGUCCCGUUCUGUGACCCGCCCUGCGUCAGCGACUCCACCUUCACCGUCUUCGUCUGGUUCGGCUGGGCCAACUCGUCCCUCAACCCCGUCAUCUACGCCUUCAACGCAGACUUCCGCCGGGCCUUCGCCACCAUCCUGGGCUGCAACAGGAUCUGUUCCAGCAACGCGGUGGAGGCCGUGAACUUCAGUAACGAGCUGGUUUCCUACCAGCACGACACCACGCUCCACAAGGAGGCGCUGGUCCCUGCGCAGCUGCAGCAGCGUCCCUGCAGCACCCACUGUGACCACCGGGCGGACGGGGACGCACAGUUUGACGAGGAGUCGCUCGGGUCGUCCGGCUCCCGGAGCCACAACCGACUCCUGCUGCUUCCUGCUGCCGUCCAGCUGGAGGAGGAGAUCUCCCUGGACACGAUCACGCCCUUCACCCCGGUGGCCGGGCAGGAGAGGGACGCUCUGAUCCCUGGACAGGUGCAGCAGGACGGAUAGAGCAGAACUCAACAGGUCCACUGGGCCUCCUUCCAAAACACAAGAGGACACUUCAGUGAGGAGGAAUCAGAUUGUUCUCUUAAACAUUUACAGUUUGUUGACUUGGAAUCAUCAAGAAUGUUUAAAAAAAAAAACAUGGAACAGACCUAAAUUACUGAAUGUGUUUCUUUGACUGUUGUUGGUUAAUUUUUGUGUUUGUUGAACCUGAAGCAGAUUUAGAUUUUAGAUCGACCUCACACACACACAGGCUGGAUUCUGAUUAAAAGAUCUUCUCAGACAUUCAUCUUAAUUUAUUACACGGAGAUACUGAAUGUUUCCCUUAUUUCAUUUCUGUAUUAAUGUAAAAUUAUGUUAUCUUCACUUUUUUUUUAAAUACAGUGGAUGGAUGUAAAAGGUCCUCGAACCUGAAUUAUUACA